GAAUUCCCGGUCGAAGCAUUGCCCCUAUUGCUGAAGCUGAAUAUCUUCGUGCUACUCUCUACAAAUGAGAAAGUGCUGAUCAGGGGGAUCAAUUCAGGCACAAAAGAUUUGGUGAAUAAAGUGGGUCUGUUGCCGCGAAAAAUCGAUCAAGCACACCUCAGCGGCACGCAAAAUCAGGUGAAAAUCAGACUCUGGAACAGUCGCGAUGGACAUUUCGCGAUCUCGUUCAGUAGGAAUACAGAAGGAACAGAAGAGAAAAUCAAAAUCACCCACUCGCAACUGUUUGGUGGAAACAAGAAUUUUCUGAUCACUGAAGACUUUGACGAGAGAUUUGUGAUCUUUCAAUUGACAAAAACGAUUCGACCCCGUUUACUCCGAGUGCAUACCUUCCCAAUUGAAAACCCCUAUCAAAAUGUCACGCUAUUCAAUUCGGACCUUCUCAACUUUUCCACUCUUUUGCAAAACUCUGGUGCCGUCAUUUUUGUCUUCAAUUGUAUACGAAAUCUGCAAAAGCUCAUUAAUCGAGUAAAAAUAAAAUCUACGUUCGGGCUUAAAUGGAUCGUCGAUGAAUGGAGAUGUUGGUGCUAUGAGAAAUGUAAAAAGUGUCCUGCUGGGAUGAGUCAAUUCUUGGCAUUGACGUCCGCCUCUUCAUUUGUCUUCAUCGAGACAAUGCGGAAUCAGGAGACACCAAAUGAAAUCUCUGAUGAGGAUUUUGUUAAUUUCGUCCUUCCCCGUCUACCGGAACCUCUUGGACUUGAGUACCGAAACAGGCAACGACGAAACAGGCAACGACGAUUGAAUGUUUUCCCACGAGCCAAUCCAUUUCCCAAUGGUCCUCCACCUCCAGCACUUCCGCCUCUUUUACGAAAAAAUGCUAAACUCGGAAUUUUUCCGGUGAAAGAUGUACUGGAAAUUCUUGAGACUUUCGCAGUUCAAUCAAGUGCCUUUAUGAAGAAAAGGAUUUACGCGUUGGAAUUGGAGCCGAAAACGAUUGAGACAUUCAAUGCGAUUAUCAGUGCAGUUCAUUUCACCGAGCACUAUCGAUCAGAUCGAGCUUUGCUUUUCCAGGGUUUUGACACGGUGGAUCAUUUCAGAAAAAAU